GGCCGGAAGUAAAGAAGAAGAGCUUCCAGUUGACAGGUGGAUGUUGUUUUGCUGUGGGUCAAAUCAAUCGGGGCGAAUAUUCCUCCAUUAAACCAUUCCUCCGGUUAUUAUACCGGGACGUGAAUGAGCUCUGAUAUCCGUCUACCGGAUCUUAGUCACGGUCCUUCCGCUGUUCGUCCCGCGCACCGACCCUCUGAUGGCCUCCAGGCGGCCGGACAGCUUCGACGGGCUCGGCUACCGCGGCCGCGACGACCCGCUCUACGGAGCGAGCUACCCGGUCAGAAGCGCCGGAGGCCCUGCGGAGCUGCAGCACCACCACUGGGUCAGCACGCCGCCGGACAUCCCCGGCAGCCGCAACCUGCACCACGGAGAGCGGACACCUCAGCAUGACGACCCGCUGGGAGAGCGUGGAGAUCCCGGAGGUGCAGCGGGCUGGGAUGCACCGCAGCCCGGCGUACCGCCUGCCGAGCAGCUCAAUCGAUUUGCCGGAUUCGGAAUCGGACUCGUUAGCCUGUUCACUGAGAACGUCCUCGCUCAUCCCUGCAUCGUCUUCCGCAGACAGUGUCAAGUGAACUACCACGCCCGCUGUUACCACCUGACUCCCUUCAGCGCCGUGGCCGUGAUGUACAGCAUCACCAAGGCUCAGGGUCUGAAGGCUCUCUGGAAGGGGAUGGGCAGCACCUUCAUCGUUCACGGCAUCACACUCGGAGCCGAGGGCGUCAUGAGCGAGUUCACACCGUUACCACGGGAGCUUCCUCACAGCUGGAGCUGGAAACAGCUGGCUGGACAUUUACUGCUUAAAGGGUUAACAGCCGUCGUGGCGCUUCCGUUCUACUGCGCCAGCCUCAUCGAGACCGUCCAGAGCGAGAUCGUGCGUGACGAGUCGUCGUCCGGGCUGCUGGACUGCGUGCGUGAGGGUCUAACCCGGCUGCUGGGCGUCGGCGCUCCUCACAGCCACCGGCUGCUUCCUCUCGGCUCGCUGCUGCUUCCCGCCGCGCUGCACGCCAUCCUGCGCUACGCCGUCGCCGCCUCCGUCCAGCGGGCAGCGCUGUGGUUCCAUCAGCGCCGCGGGAAGCAGCGCGCCAACCCGUCCAACCCGCUGGACGCCUACUUCCCCGAGCUGGCCGCGGCGUGGGCGGGGUCUCUGGCGGCCGACGUCUUGCUGUUCCCCCUGGAGACGGCGCUGCACCGCCUCGGCCUGCAGGGCACGCGCACCAUCAUCGACGCCACUGACGGCGUGGUCGCCGGGGGCAACGUGGGCAGUCCGCUGGUGCUGCCCGUCAACACGCAGUACGACGGCUUCCGCGACUGCCUCCACGCCAUCCGGCGCAAGGAGGGCGCCGCCGGGUUCUACCGCGGCUUCGGGGCGCUGACGACACAGUACGCGCUGCACGGAGCGCUGCUCGCCGCCGCCAGGACGCUGCUGAGACUGCUCCUGCUGGAGGGCGGGGCCAGCUAGAGGCGUUACCAUGGAGACGCAGCUUCACUUCCAAAGUAAAGAAAUUCUCAGUUUGUCUUCAACAAGAAAGAUGUUAAAAAGCUGUUGUGACAACGUGCCGUAUUAUUGAUAUAACGACUCCACUUCGCCUCGUUCAGUGGCUCUUUCCUGCCAGCCCGUCAUAUUGCGUCACGUUUAGCCUAGCUUAGCACAAAGAAGCGGGGGGGACGGUUAGCCUAGCUUCAUCAAAAUAUAAAUAGAUCCACCAGAUUCUCAUGUGGACUCGUCCUGAUGUCACUUCAGACCAGACGUUGUGGAUGUGUGUGUUGCCGUGGAAACCGUAUCACUUCCUGUUCCACAUGUACUGAGACACAUUCAAACAGCAUCAGCUCAUUUGAAAAUGUGAAGCCAUUUUUAUUUGUAUGAAAUUGUAAAAAUGGAAAAUCUAUUAGAGGCUAUAUGUGACCUAUAAAUAUCCAAAUAUAAUCCAAUAACGUUAGUGAAGAAGAAAUGAAUCAGUUUAAUUGGGGAAGGUGAAGGUGUUUAUUAUUAUUUCAAAAUGUCUGCAAUUCAAUUGAUAUUAUUAUUGAUAUUAAGUUUUUUGAAACAUUUGAAUUAAAUGAAAGUUAUUCAAGUGUUUCGUCUUUUUAAAAUGACCGAGUCGGCAAUUAUUCAUGUUUUGUUCUAUUGUUUGUUGUAAAUGUUUAAAUGUUGCACUUUGUUCCCCCUGAAAAAUAAAAUCUAAACUUGAACUUUCA